AUGGUGCCGUUGGUGUUCCUGCUGCUACACGACAAGAAGCAUCUCACCUAUGAGAGAGCUCUGCGACUCGUGAAAGACGCUGCUGAAGCAAGGAUGGACUUCGAAGUGACAGCUAAGAAUGCCGUGGAGGUUGUUUUCCCGGGUAUAGAGUGGAAAGGUUGUUAUUUUCACUUUACUCAGUGCAUAUGGAGGAAGACGCAACAAGUUGGACUGAAGGUUGAGUACAGCAACAACCCCGACGUCAACCACUUCGUCAGACUCUGUGCUGUAUUGCCUCUGGUGCCAUUGGCUGAUGUUGAAGAUGUAUGGCUCCAAAACGUAGCUGACAUGCCACAAGACGACCGAUGUCAUCAAUUGGCCGACUGGAUCGUAGGUAGUCUCCCGAUGACAUCAUGGAACCAUUACCUGACCCUCGGUCCAAGAACCAACAACAAUUUGGAGGGUUGGCAUGGGCGAGUUAAGAAACUUGUCUGGAAAGCCCAUCCCAAUGUAUUCGAGCUGAUUCGCUUCUUGUUGGAUGAACAUAAGACAACAGAAGUGUACUUGGUUCAGUACAUGGCAGGGCAACGCCUCCCACCCAAAAAGAAACGGUACCGGGACCUGCAAAGAAAGCUGGAUGACCUGAAAACCAGGCUGGAAUCCCUAGACCUCUCUGUCUUCGACUACGCUGUCAGAGCAUCUUAUGCUCUUAGACUUGCCUAA